GACAAACCAUGAAAUCCUUCAACGCCAUCUCCCUUUUCACGGCGUUCCUCGCUGCCUCCGAUGGAAUCAACGCCAUCACCGACACCAACACCAGGCCGCUGAGAGAGGAAGCAGCAAACAAAGGCAUUCUCAUUGGGUCUGGGGCUAUCAAUCCGUCGUAUCUCAAUGAUACUCAGUUUGCGACUGUCCUUUCCGAGCAGUUCGAGAGCCUCUCCCCCGAAAAUGAGAUGAAGUGGGCGUACAUCCACCCGACCAAGGGCCACUACAACUGGGAGACAAUCGACCUCCUGGUCCAGUUCGCCGAAGCCCACGAUAUGGUGGUCAAGGGCCACGGACUUAUCUCCAGCUGCUGCAACCCGGAAUACCUGGUCAAUAUCACCGACCCUGCGGCAUUCCGUGCCGAAAUGACGGCGCACUUCAAGGCAGUUAUGCAGCGGUACCACGACAAGGUAGAUCGGUGGGAUGUUGUUACCGAAGCCCUCGAGACCCAGGGCGGCGGACUGCAAGCCAACGACUUCUACAAGGUGCUCGGUCCUAGCUACAUUGGUGACGCCUUCUGGAUCGCCCGUGCAGCUGCCCCGGACGCAAAGCUCUUCAUCAACGAGGCUAUGGUCGAGGCACUCGCUGGAAAGCGGCAGGAGCUCUACAAUCUGGUUUCGAAGCUCGUGGCGGACGGCGUCCCCAUUGACGGAGUUGCCCUGCAGAUGCACGUCACGGAAGGACUACCUGUCCAGCCGGGGGUAAUCAAGGAGAUGGUCGACUCCUACAAGGAGCUCGGGUUGGAAGUAUCGAUCGCUGAAAUGGAUGUCCAUACGCUCAACAGCACGUUCCAAGCUGAUACCUACAGUACUGUCCUCACUGAGGCUCUGGACGCAGGAAUCACCGAUAUAAGCUUUUGGGGAUUUACUGAUAAGCACGCGUACACUUGGGUGGAGGGUGCGAAGCCGUUGAUGUUCGACGAGUACUACAACCCUAAGGGUGCCUUUUACGCUACGCAUACUGCGUUGGCAAGCUUCGAUAAUCAGACGCACGAAGGUCAUCCGGCACCUCACAAUCAACGAGGUGCAAAGGGGCUGUCCAGGUCUCUGAAGGGGCAGUAGAUGGCGAGCUACUUUAUCAGGGCGUCUGCGGAAAGUUCAACACUGCCGAAUGUCGACAUUUCUAUUCAAGAGCUUUUAACAAGCUGUGGGAGACUUGAUCCCCGAUCAUUCUGUAUUCUAUUGUAUUCAAUAUUAAUCAAUAACCUACGGGCU